UCGCUGCGUCGCGCAGGACUAAGGUUCUGUAGGAACGCGUGGUUCUCUUUGUCCGCCGCAGACUACAACGACAUGGUGUACUCCCGCCCAUCCAUCCUCCCUUGCUAGCGCUCUGCUAUUCUUAGCCACUCUGGCCUUACACACUGUGAAUUACGUUGUACUGUGCUGAACAGUGAACAGUCUGUCAGUCUGUGCUACCAGGUACUCCUGUACCAGCUACAUGUACCUAUACUGCCGGAUAAAUCAUAAAAGACUGCCGGUGCUGGACCUGCCACCAUUACGUUACCGUUGUUACGCGACUCCACGAUUUGUUUGAUUCGCCAGGAUCUUUGCCCUAAGCGGCUGUCUGGAACUCUGGAGUCUGGGUCUGUUCGCGUCCCUUCCACCUACCUCCUUCGCAACACGCAUACCAUAACGACCCUCGCGACAGACAAUGCUCACCAUGUCCUCUCACGCCUCGAUUCAGGACCGGACGCCCGAGUUCCGCUCUAUCCUCCAACAGGCCCAAAAAUCUCUCGCGCGCCAAAGAAAGCAGCCUCUCGGCGCACAAUCGCAACCACUGAUACCCCAGCAAAAUGGCACUGCAACCCCUCCCACGAGAGCGCAACGCAGCGAAUUUGCGCGGAAUGCGGCGGGCAUUGGACGAGGCAUCUCUGCGACAAUGGGGAAAUUGCAGCGGCUGGGUGAACUGGCGAAACGAAAAACCCUCUUCGACGACCGACCUGUGGAGAUUGCCGAACUCACCUACGUGAUCAAACAGGAUCUGGCAGGUCUGAACCAACAGAUUGGGAACUUGCAACAACUACAACGAGCGCAAAAUGGACAGAGUGGUAGCGUACAGCAAGAAGGCGAACACAACAAGAAUGUCGUCAUGCUGCUACAAGGCAGACUAGCAGAUGUAGGAGUCAACUUCAAAGAGGUCCUCGAAGUGCGCACAAAGAACAUCCAAGCAAGUCGAAGCCGACAGGAGAACUUUGUGGGAGAAGUUGGAAGAUCUAGUGCGGCACAAGAGAGGCUAGAACCCGGGAGGUCGGAUUCACCCCUAUAUCAAACACCGAGCAGAGGGAGAAGUCCCAAACCUGGACAGACUGGGUCGGCGCAUCUCAAUCAAGGGCAGGAUUUACUCUCACUGGAGCCCGCCGGUGGAGGGGCCCUCUACUCCGGCACGGGUGCCCCUAUUCAAGCCUCCCAGCAGCAGCUACAACUCAUGGAAGAAGGCUCCUCGUCCAACUCCUACAUCCAGCAGAGAGGGGAGGCUAUUGAAGCAAUCGAAAGGACCAUCAAUGAACUUGGUGGAAUUUUUGGACAACUCGCACAAAUGGUCUCGGAGCAAGCAGAACAAAUUCAGAGAAUCGACGCCAAUACCGACGAUGUGGUGGAUAAUGUCGAAGGUGCACAAAGGGAACUGAUGAAGUAUUGGAGUCGUGUACAAGGGAAUCGAUGGCUGAUUGCGAAGAUGUUUGGUGUUCUCAUGAUAUUCUUCCUCCUUUGGGUGCUGAUCGCUGGGUGAUUCCAGAAAAGAGUAUCUGGAUAGCCCCGCGGCUGAAAAACUUGGGCGAUAUAGAGAUCGAGACCGUCUUCUCUUCUUGGACAUGCUUCUUUGGAAAUGGUGUUUAGCCAGAUACAAAUGUGAAGGUUCCCGCGAACUUGUAUUAGAAGAAAAUUGCUUCGUUACCUUACCUUAGCUUAAUAUGUAUGUAUGAG